AUGCACAGGUACCUCGAGCCGCGGGUGCUGGACGACUUGCAUGACGUGGCGAUCGCUCGUGUCGCGACGCGGGGGUCGCACGUCGUCGCCGUCUCGGAAGAAGGCAGCGUGUACACGUGGGGCCGCGGCGACGAAGGCCAGCUCGGCCACAACACCAAGGCUUCGCUGCACGUGCCGACCAAGGUCCCGGACCUCGAGCACAUCGUGCAGGUCGCUUGCGGCCGCGCGCACUCGGUCGCGAUCGAUCUGCAGGGCCGACUCUACUCGUGGGGCUCUGGCGAGGACGGCGCGCUCGGUAUCGCGGACGCAGAGUGCAGCCUCGUGCCGCUGGCCAUUCCCCACCCUGCGUCGUUCCAGGCAAUUGAGUGCGGGUCGCGCCACACGCUCGCGCUGAGCAGUGACAACCGCGUCUUUGCGUGGGGCUGGGGACUCUACGGGCAGCUCGGUCUCGGCCACUCGGACACGGUGCGGCAGCCGACCGAGAUCCCGUCCUUCAUCGGGAAGCGCGUGGUCCAGAUCUCUUGCGGGUUCCGGCACUGCUUUGCGGUCGUGCCAGCUGGCAUCGACGGCUUCUCACCCACCGUCGACGUGUACGGCUGGGGCUGGAACCAGUACGGACAGCUCGGCGAACUCGAGAAGGACGGGUCGCCCGACGUCGUCCUCCGCCCCGUACGCUGCUCGGCCCUCAUGGACGUCAAUUUGACGCUCCUCGCCGCCGGCGGCCGCCACUCGCUCGCGUGCGUCGACGGUGACACGUUUGCGUGGGGCCGCGGCGGCGACGGCGAGCUCGGCACCGGCACUGUCUCGAACGAGCGGCACUUGACGUCGAUUCCGAUGCUGCACCAGCGGAGCAUGCACCAAGUCGCUUGCGGCUGGGCGCACUCGGCGGCCUUGUACUUUCAAGACACGAGCGAGGCGCCGGCGCAUGCGAUGCUCAGUCCGAGCUCGUGGUCGCUGACGUCUGGCGACUGGGACGCCUUCUCCGGCAUGCUCGUGCAGAGCAUUCUGCAGCUCAUGAUUAUCUACCAAGUGCUGCCGGCGCACUGCGGCCUUCCGGUCGAGGUGGUGACCACGCGCAUCAUUCCCGCGGCCGCCUUUACGACGACGAUGGGCAAUUGCUACUUUGCAUUUGCAGGCUGGCGCCUCGCGCGCGACGAGCGCCGGAACGACGUGACGGGGCUGCCCGAAGGCGUCAACACUGUCCUCGUCUUCGCCUACGGCCUCUCGAUCAUGGCGCCCGAGUACCAAGCGACGCAGUCCUUCGAGGCUGCGUGGGAGGCCGGCCUCUUCGCCGCAAUCUGGACCGCGCUCUUGCAGAUGGCGCUGCUGCCCUUUGUGUCGUUUCUGCAGCGCUCGAUUCCGAAAGCGGCGCUCCUCGCGUCCGUCUCGGGCAUCGCGCUCACGUUCCUCAGCAUGGGCUUCGCGUUCGAGAUCUGGGAAAACCCUCUCAUCGCGCUCGGCCCGCUCUUCCUCUUUCUCGUGUGCUACGGCGCCGGUGUCAAGCUGCCCUUCCACCUGCCCACGGGCCUCGGGAGUCUCCUCCUCGGAACGCUCAUCGCCUUCGUCUUGUACUACACGGGCGCGUCGACCAACUUUGUGCCCAUGACGCAGCCGUACGUGCUCGAUCUCCAGGGCCCGCACGUGGACAUGCAUCUCGUCUGGCGCGCCCUCACAAGUGGCGCUGGCUGGAAGUACAUGAGCAUCAUCAUGCCCAUGGUGCUCGUCAACGUCAUGUCGGCGAUCGCCAACUUUGAGACCGCGGCGGCCGUCGGCGACAAGUACGACCCGAUCACGUCCGUCCUGGGCGACUCGAUCGUGACCAUCCUCGGCGCCUGCCUCGGCAACCCGUUCCCGACGGGUGUCUACAUCGGCCACCCCAUUUACAAGGCGAUGGGCGCGCGCAACGCGUACUUGGGCAUGAAUGCGAUCUGCAUCUCGCUCCUCGCGAUCCUCAACGCAACGCCGUGGAUCAUUGGAACGAUCCCGAUUUCGUCGGGCGUCGGGUUUCUUCUCUGGAUCGGCAUGGUCAUCACCGCGAGCAGCUUCGAGAAGAAGGAGCAGGAGAGCAACCACGGCACGGCCGUCGUCCUCGGGAUGGUGCCCGCGCUCUCGGCCUGGGGUUUCCAGCUCGUGCAGAACACGCUCACAGCCACGUCGCCGAACGGCUUCAACAUGACGCGCGUCGUCGAGGCGCUCUCGGACGCAGGCUUGAACCCGAACGGCAUGAUCGCCUUGUCCCAGGGGUACCUCUUGACCGCGAUCGUGCUGGCGUCGACGAUGGUGCACAUCAUUGAGCGCGACUUCAUUUACGCGAGUCUCUGGAUGCUCAUCGCGUCGAUCUUGAGCGGGACGGGGGUUAUCCACGCCUUUGAAGUCGAGGCGUCGGGUAUCCAGCCGGCGUUCGGUGUCUUCCCAACACCCUGGUCGUUCCAGUUUUGCCUUGUCUACCUCGGCCUCGCCGUGCUUCUCUGGGUCUUCCAGCUCGGCGAAGACGAGCACAAGUACACGUGGGCCAACCUCGCGGCGUGGGCCAAGCUUAAAUUUAGCAAGCAAAAGCCCAACGAGCCCCGGCGCCGGCUCUACACGCAAGAGUCGCGCCACGGAUCGAUCGCCGACCUUCCGCAGCUGCGCGCUUUCGCCGAGGGCGUCACGCGCGAGACGACGCCGCUGCUGCGCUCGAUGGACACGAUGGCCGAGAACGCGCACGACUAGAAAGAACGUUGGUCGCUCGAUGACGGUCGUUGUUUUUCAAUCCAGAUUGUGGGACGCUAGUGCGUGGGGUUGAGGAAUCUCUCGAUCGUUCGCGGUGCGAGGUAUAAAUGUGCUGAUGCGUUAAUGCAGUGCCAUUUCCAG